CAAUCACAGACUAUCCUCCACACCAACUCGUCCCUCCGUUGAAGAAACAAUCGGGUCAUGUUCCCCAACUAAAAGAAAAGAGUUGGAGCUUCCUGACUACAAACGAAGCCAAAGAAGGACUGAUUAGAGAUUAUGUGAAUAGCAUUGGAUAUCAUAGAUCAAAUCCAUCUUCAUAUUCUUAUACGCCAUCAUCAUCCCAACAAUCCCCACCCGCUUAUCUCUCACUACACAAACAACUAUGCGCGCCACAACUCUUCUCUCGCUCUGUCGUCAGAUCAGUCUCCACCACCGUAUUCCCAGCGCAACCCGACGAUAGCAUGUGGACGAAUAAGGAGAAGAUCGAGAAUUAUAGAGUGAGUAGGAGUGAGAUAGAAGAGGAUGAAAAUUGUACGCCGAGCGGAAUCAAUAGUUGGAAAGAAGAGCCGUACGUGGAGUAUUGUCGCAGACAUGCAAGUGACAACGAAUCUCACGUUGCAUUAUGUCAUGAAGAAGUAAUCCAACACCGUCCCAUCCGACUCCAAGCAGCUCCGGUUUACGAACUUCCGGUCCGUCGUCCUUCCAAGCAUAAAAAUGUCUUUGACGAAUAUUUUAUUCCCAAGAGGCACUGUAACGAGCCCGCUGUCACUGCUAUCGAAGACUAUAUCGCUUUUAAGAAGAACGGUGAAGAUUUGUAUGUACAUGCCAUCUGA